AUGGCUGAUUAUACAGUAAAGUUAAUAGAUAUAGAUAAGAAUGAAAUAGAUCUAGUCUGUCCAGAUGAUUCAUAUAUACUUGAUGUAGCUGAAGUUGAAGGUAUUGAUCUACCAUAUUCUUGUAGGGCAGGUUCUUGUUCUACGUGUGCUGGAAAAGUAUUACAAGGUUCAGUUGACCAAUCAGAUCAGUCUUUUCUAGAUGAUGAUCAAAUAGAAGCAGGAUGGGUGUUAACCUGCGUAGCUUAUCCUCUAACUGAUUGUACUGUUGCUACACAUUUAGAAGAAGGACUAUACUAA